AUGGUUCAUGAACAUUCCCCUGACCGUAAUAAAGAAUCAAUCUUAUCGUCUCUGAAAAAAUUUAUGGACCCAUCUGGAGGUAGUGUAUUGGAAAUAUCUUCUGGAAAAGGUCAACAUAUAUCAUAUUUUGCCGAGCAUUUUCCAAAUAUUGAGUUUCAGCCAACUGAAGUUAAUAGAAGAUUAAUUGAAUUCAUAAAGGCUUGCACAUCUAAUUUUUCAAAUGUAUUACCAGCAAAAUUUUUGGAUGUAUCCUCUGAUCCAUCUACAUGGCUUGGUGGUCAAUUGAUGAAUAAACAAUAUGAUUAUAUAUUGAAUAUAAACAUGUUACAUGUUUCUCAUUAUCGAUGUAUAGAAGGGUUAUUUAGAGGUAGCUGUUGUGCAUUAAAGCCAAAAGGUAAAAUUUUUACUUAUGGACCAUAUACAGAUAAUUAUAAGCUAACUCCUGAGAGAAAAUUUGAUUAUGAUAGCAAUUUGAAGAUGCGUAAUGCGAAUUGGGGGCUAAGAGAUAUUACUCAUCAACUUAUUCCAAAUGCAUUCAUGUAUGGUUUUACACUUACAGAAAAUAUUGAAACAUAUAAUCCAGAUGAGACUCCAUCUGAUAAUAGUUUUUUGGUAUGGUCUAAAAAUAUUUAG